AUGAAGAUUCUAUCCUUAAAUUGUUGUGGUCUAAAAGCUAUUGGAAAGUCUGGUGGAAUAAAGGAGCUCAUGCAAAAGGAGAAGUGUUCUGUGUUGGGUUUACAGGAGACGAAAUGUGACGGGUUUUCAAAUGCUUGGCUUGCGUCAAUUUGGGGUAGCAGGAACUGUGACUAUGUCUCUGUGAGUGCUACUGGUCGUUCUGGGGGCAUUCUUUUAUCUUGGGAUGUAAGUAUUUUCAGUAAAGAGUCAGAUUUCAUGGCUGAUCACUUCUGCGGGGUGGUUGGUUCAUGGAUGAAUGUUGAUAAAAAAGUGGGUCUGAUAAAUGUCUAUAAUCCUCAGGCUCAGUCGCUUAAGGCAAGAGUCUGGGAGGAUCUUCGCUCGGUUAUUGCAAGUGCUCCGGAAGUCAUCUGGGUAACUUUGGGGGAUUUCAAUGCAGUUCGGCAUCCUGAAGAAAGAAUGGGAUCCUUUUUUGACUCGAAGGAAGCUUUGGAUUUUAAUAAUUUUAUUUCAUCUUCUGGGCUUAUUGACAUUAGUUUUUGUGGUAGACGCUUCACCCGAUUCAGCAAGAAUGGUUCCAAGAUGAGCAAGCUCGAUCGUUUUCUGAUUUUAUCUUUAAGGAAAAGGUUAAAGCUYUAA